ACAUUUGCCUCCCGUCGUCAGUAUGAGAGUAGCACGAGAGCCGAGCUGAGCAGGUCCGCGUUUGUCCGUACGUUCGCCGCCGUCGCGAGGAAAUCUGAAGUGCUGUGUAGGCGCAGAGUGAAAUCUACUCGCACACACAUGGAUUUGUUUAAUGUCGUUUCGAGCCCGUUUGCUGCGAGUUGAAAAUUUGUGUGUAUCCAAUUCGUCACAUCAUUUGCACGGGGUGCCAGCUAAGCGUUUUCGGGAGGUUCGUCCUCAGCAGUGCAGCGAUUCAUACCUUCCAUUCUGUCUUCGCUUUAAGCGCCAUUAAAGCACCUUAGGAUCAUAGUUUUGCACAAAAUACCAAUGGAUAUACAUACGUGACCUCAUACGUAGACAGCAGGCCCAGCCUGCCGUCGUCGUCGACGGAUAGGAGUAACUGUGAGGAAAUUAUGGCCCAAGGCAAUUAUUCUGCGUGGCGACACAUCGAGUGGUAAAGGUGACGGAUGUGUGUAUGAAAUGAAGCAAAAGGAAAAAUGAAUGAAAUAUCAAAUUUCAAGCUGCCUGUGUGCUACUAUAAACGUAGUUAUAUGUACAAGUGACGGGGCUGCAGGGUGCGAAGGAGCGAGUGUGCGAAAAAUAGUGCGAAACAAUGAGCGCCACAGUUGCUAGCAAGAUGAUAAAGAAAAGUGAAAAUUCAUUGAAUGGAAUUCGCAAGCUAAAUCGUUUCUACGGGCAAAAUCUGUGCAGCUAGCUAAUGCUUCUGGCGUAAAUAGUGAAUCCCCUUCUCCUUUCUGUGUUUUUGCGAGUAUAAAUCUUCCCCCGCCACUGUCGUCUUUCUCGUGUCUCCAUCGUCAAUCGGUGCACUGCGUGCAAAGGUGAAUCGUAUUCUGUUCCAAUCGUUCUACAACAAGUUCAUCAUAUUUCGUAAUUAAUCGGAGAAGAAGUUAUCACACGGAAAAUCGAAGGGAAGAAAAGUGGAGGUAUAGAAAAACAAAAAGGAGAAACACAAUUCCAUCACACCCAUACACACAUCUCUAAGUCGCUGUACAGAUCUAUAUAUAGCAACCGCAUAAACAUGUAUUCAACUGCUGCCAUAUUUGGAUAUAAAACAUCGGGUAUCUCGCUCACGCUGCUGCUAGCACUGAUUUCCAGUCUGAUACAGAUUUGUCGGGGUGCCGACCUUGUGAUAGAAAUUCCCGGCAACCUCGGCCAGGAUGGAUCGUACUACCGUCUCGAUUACUACCCACCGGUUGGAAAUCCAGCUCCAAACGCAACAAUCGCAUCCCGGGACGUCGGAGAUGAGAUUCAGUUCUCCAACGGACUGCCCGGAACGAGGUACAACUUUUGGCUGUACUACACCAAUUCGACACACCAUGACUGGCUCACGUGGACCGUGUCGAUAACGACGGCGCCAGAUCCACCGUCCAACCUUUCGGUUGCGGUCCGGUCUGGCAAGAAUGCCAUCAUCAACUGGAGUCCGCCAUCGCAGGGUAACUACUCUGCCUUCAAGCUGAAAAUCCUCGGCCUGUCGGACAACUUUGCCACCAAUCAAACCGUUGCCGUCGAGGACAAUCAGUUUCAGCACGUGCUCAGAGAUCUGACACCGGGUGCGACCUAUCAGGUCCAAGCCUACACCGUAUUCGAUGGCAAGGAGUCCGUUGCCUACACUAGUCGCAACUUCACGACAAAACGCUAUCGGCACAAAGAUCUGUUGGACAUAAAGAUUCUGCGAGAACCCAACACUCCGGGGAAAUUCAUUGUGUGGUUCCGCAAUGAAACCACUCUGCUGGUACUGUGGCAACCACCAUACCCCGCUGGAAUCUACACACACUACAAGGUAUCCAUCGAGCCACCGGAUGCCCUGGGCAGUGUGUUGUACGUCCAGAAGGAAGGCGAACCCCCCGGACCUGCCCAGGCGGCCUUCAAAGGACUGGUGCCGGGUCGGGCCUACAACAUCUCGGUACAGACAAUGUCCGAGGACGAAAUCUCUCUGCCCACGACGGCACAGUACAGAACGGUUCCGCUGAGGCCACUCAAUGUCACCUUCGAUAAGAAAACCAUAACGGAGAAUGCCUUCAAAGUCAUGUGGGAAGCGCCCAAAGGCAUCAGUGAGUUCGACAAGUAUCAAGUCUCAGUGGCGGCAGCGCGACGCCAGAUUCAAGUGAUGCGAAACGACAAUGAGAAUAUGGCAUGGCUGGAGUUUAAAGACAGUUUAGAGCCUGGUAAAACUUAUCAGGUGGUAGUUAAGACCUUGUCCGGUAAGGUCACUUCUUGGCCCGCUACCGGUGAAGUCACCCUUAAACCAUUGCCAGUGAAGAAUCUCUACUCUUAUACGGAUAGUAAAACAGGUAUAAUAACGAUAACAUGGAGUCCAGACGAAGCUAGUACCCAAGAUGAGUACAAAAUCAGCUACCAUGAACUUGGUACUAUCAAUGGUGAUUCUAGUACGAUGAAUACGGAUAAGACAACUUUUGCCCUUGAAUCUCUGCUGCCGGGACGAAAUUAUUCCAUAACUGUGCAGGCCAUUUCCAAGAAGAUGGAAUCCAAUGAAACGACAAUCUACGUAGUGACAAGGCCCUCGUCGCCGAUCAUCGAGGAUCUGAAAUCGAUCCGCGAAGGUUUGAACAUUAGUUGGAAGAGCGACGUUAACUCCCGGCAGGAAAAGUACGAGGUUACUUACACCCGUAACGAUACCAACGAUGGAAAAACAGUACUUACCACCGAAUCUAGGCUAGUAUUUACCAAUCUCUACCCAGGGGCUGGCUACGAAGUUAAGGUGUUCGCUGUAAGUCAUGGACUUAGGAGUGAACCGCAUUCGUACUUCCAGGCAGUUUAUCCCAACCCACCGCGUAACAUGACAAUCGAGAAAGUAACAAGUAAUUCUGUCCUCGUACAUUGGAAACCACCGGAACGAUCGGAGUUCACCGAAUAUUCCAUUCGAUAUCGCACCGAGAGUGAAAAGCAAUGGAUUCGACUGCCAUCGGUGAAGACUACCGAGGCAGACGUUACGGACAUGACUCCUGGCGAGAAAUAUACCAUCCAGGUCAAUACCGUUAGCUAUGGUGUGGAAAGUCCCAAUCCGCAGCAAGUGAAUCAAACAGUACGACCGAAUCCGGUAUCCAACAUUGCACCGUUGGCCGAUUCCAACAACAUCACGCUGGAGUGGCCCCGACCGGAAGGUCGCGUGGAGACCUACAUCAUCCAUUGGUGGCCGACUGAGUUCCCGGAUCAAGUCUCCGAUAAGAAUGUAUCCGAGGUCAACACAAUUUUCCCUUACCCGGGAGGUUUGGGAGAUGACGACAAGCAAAUCGAGGAGCCACCAACGGUUCGUAUUCUGAUCGGAGAUUUGAUGUCCGGUGUGAUGUACAACUUCAAAAUUCAAACCGUGUCGUACGGUCUGACAAGUGAUGUUACUAAACUUCAAACUCGCACAAUGCCACUCAUCCAGUCCGAAGUGUUGAUCGUAAAUAACGUUCAAAUGCGCGACACAGUUACGCUGAGUUACACGCCAACUCCGCAGCAGUCGUCCAAAUUCGAUCUCUAUCGCUUCUCCCUCGGUGACAUCAACAUUCCAGAUAAAGAGAAACUGGCGAACGAUACUGAUCGAAAGGUUACCUUCACCGGCCUAAUACCUGGUCGUUUGUACAAUAUCACCGUUUGGACCGUAAGUGGAGGUGUUGCAAGUCAACCGAUCCAACGGCAGGAUCGUAUGUAUCCGGAUCCAAUAACCGAGUUGAACGCUAGUAACGUCACCGAUACCGAUAUCAUGCUGAACUGGGACAUUCCAAAAGGCGAAUACAAUGCGUUCGAAAUUCAGUACCUCAAAAACGAUUCGCACUACGUGCAGAAUCUCACCGUGAACAAUCACAUCACAAUUACCGAUCUUAAACCCCAUCGUAACUAUACUUUCACAGUAGUAGUCCGGUCUGGAACCGAAUCGAGCGUACUGCGUAGCAGUCUUCCCGUAUCUGCAAACUUCCAAACCAAGGAAUCGGUUCCAGGACGGGUAGACAAGUUUGCACCCAUCGAUAUACAACCUAGCGAAAUAACGUUCGAGUGGUCUCUUCCACCGAACGAACAAAACGGAAUCAUCAGACAGUUCACCAUCACCUACGGCCUAGAUGGAUCGCAACAUACCCAAGCUAAGGACUUCAAGCCGUCCGAACUGCGUGGAACAAUUAAAACAUUGCUGCCAGGUAAAACUUACAUUUUCCGCAUUCAGGCGAGGACCGCUAUUGGUUACGGGCCAGAACAGAUGUGGAAGCAGAAGAUGCCUAUUUUGGCACCACCGAAACCGGAAACGCAGGUCGUUCCAACCGAAGUCGGCAGCAGUGCCACGACCAUCGAGAUCCGCUUCCGGAAGCAUUACUUCAGCGACCAGAACGGAGUCGUUACCACCUACACAAUCAUAAUUGCCGAGGACGAUAGCAAGAAUGCUUCCGGCCUGGAGAUGCCCAGCUGGUACGAUGUACAAUCGUAUAGCGUGUGGCCACCGUACCAGGUCAUAGAACCGUACUACCCCUUCAAGAACAGUUCGGUGGAGGACUUUACCAUCGGAACGGAAAAUUGCGAUACCCGCAAGUCGGGGUACUGCAACGGCCCUCUUAAGUCGGGCACUACGUACAAGGUGAAGGUUAGGGCUUUUACCGCGCCGGACAAGUUUACCGACACGGCGUACAGUUAUCCAAUUCGAACAGCAGGAUUGCUAUCAGUAGACGCACAAGACAACACAUCGCUGAUCGUUUCGAUAACGGUCCCAUUGUUCAUCAUCUUCCUGCUCGUCGGCACCAUUCUGUUCCUACGUCGACGGCGCCACUCGGGCCGCAAGAAAACCACCGAACAACGCGCAAAUGACAAUAUGUCGCUACCAGAUAGCACAAUCGAAACAAGCCGUCCAGUACUUGUGAAGAAUUUUGCCGAACAUUACCGGAUGAUGUCGGCCGAUUCUGACUUUAGAUUUAGCGAAGAAUUUGAAGAACUGAAGCACGUAGGUCGGGACCAACCAUGCACAUUUGCGGACCUACCGUGCAAUAGACCUAAGAACCGUUUCACCAACAUUUUACCAUACGACCACUCUAGAUUUAAACUGCAACCGGUGGAUGAUGAAGAGGGGUCGGACUACAUCAAUGCUAACUACGUUCCGGGUCACAAUUCGCCACGUGAGUUCAUUGUUACGCAAGGACCGCUGCACUCGACGCGGGACGACUUCUGGCGGAUGUGUUGGGAAAGCAAUUCUCGUGCGAUUGUGAUGCUGACGCGAACGUUCGAGAAAGGUCGUGAAAAGUGUGACCACUACUGGCCACACGAUACCGUACCAGUGUACUACGGUGACAUCAAGGUGACGCUGCUCAACGACAGUCACUAUCCGGACUGGGUCAUCACGGAGUUCAUGAUGACGAGGGGUGACCAGCAACGUAUCCUCCGCCAUUUCCACUUUACUACGUGGCCCGAUUUCGGUGUGCCAAAUCCUCCUCAAACCCUCGCUCGCUUCGUGCGGGCCUUCCGGGAGCGGGUUGGACCUGACCAACGCCCAAUCGUGGUGCACUGCAGUGCCGGGGUUGGCCGUUCCGGUACGUUUAUUACUCUCGACAGAAUACUUCAACAGAUACAGGUAUCGGACUAUGUCGAUAUCUUCGGUAUUGUCUGGGCAAUGCGAAAAGAACGUGUCUGGAUGGUCCAAACCGAGCAACAAUAUAUCUGUGUCCAUCAGUGCUUACUGGUGGUGUUAGAGGGUCAGGAAGGUACCGAGCGUGAAAUUCACGACAACCAGGGUUACGAAGAACCGGGUGAACAAGACGCUUCCGAAGAAAGACAACUGAUAGAGGCUGAGGGAGGGGACACUAAUAACGAAGGCGAACUGGAGGCAGCUAAUAGUACUGACUUGAAGGACAACGAACCUGUUGGCAGUACACAAGAGGAGGAAGAACAAAGCAAUAAACUUAACCACAGUGCGACUGAUGAUGCCAAAGCAGAUGCAAACUAUUGCCAAGAAACAGAAGUGAUAGCCGUUGAAGUACAAGCGCCCAAUAAAAGUAACAGCAACGAGCAGUUACAACAGGCGAUCGAAGAUAUAGCAGAUAAGAGUAACAGCAAUGAUUCUAGCCAAGACGGCAGUGGUCAUUUGACUGAAUCUGUCGAAGUGAAGCCCGAAAGUAUUAACAGUAGCGACCAACAAUCGAUUGGUUGCAAAUUGUGGAAAGAAGAAAGAUGACAGUUAGAGAAUGAUAGCGAUAAUCGAAGCAGCGGUAGAAGCAGCAUCGUUAUCGCUAUCAACGAUGACAGUCAUGCAAACAGUGCCCACAUCAUCAUUCGCGUUGAAGGAGAUGAAAUCGAAGACAAGAAGGACGACGAAACAGAGAUCGACGUCGGUAUCGACUCUGACGAGGAGGAUGAGGAUGAUUCGAAUGAUCAACGGGAACUGUUGCUGCACAAGAAGAACGAGAAAAAUAAUCUCAGCAUGGACGGCGGCUGCGAUAGAAUUCGAUACAAGCACCACUUUGUCGAAGACGAGGAAGAUGAACAAGAUGAUGAUAUCAUAGUUAUCGUAGACGAAGAUAAUAAUCUCUGUGGUGGUGGAGGUGUUAGUGACGAGCUAUAUUUAAAGCUUAGAGAAAUGG